CUCGGUCGAAAUACUACCGGCACCGGAAAGUACGCGCGCCUCGCACGGAAUGCGAGCCCUUCGAGCCGACGCUCGAUGUUUGUGUGGUGUCGCAAGGACGUAGUUGUGAUACAUGGAAUCUGGAUAUAACGAGUUGGUGCAAGAUUGCAGGGCCCGUGACGUCCCUAUGGGCACGAGUCUCGACAUGCAUCCAUUGGAUCCGCCGCCGCCCGAUGUACUCCUGGCUCUAUUGGCUAGAAAUAAAGCUUUGGAAGCCAGCAUCCCGAAGUGCGGCGGCUGCCACGAGAUGAUCGUGGACCGUUACGUGCUGAAGGUGUCAGAACGCACGUGGCACGCGGGUUGUCUGCGCUGCGCCGAAUGCCGCGCCAUGCUCUCCGGCAAGUGCUUUGCUAGGAACAACCAGCUUUACUGCACCGAUGACUUCUUCAAGCGCUUCGGCACGAAGUGCGCGGGCUGCGGGCAGGGCAUCCCGCCCACGCAGGUGGUGAGACGCGCGCAGGCACAUGUCUACCAUCUGCGAUGCUUCGCCUGCGCCGCCUGCGCCCGCACGCUCAACACUGGUGAUGAGUUUUACCUCAUGGAGGACGGCAAGCUUGUCUGUAAGCCUGACUACGAAGCUGCUAGGGCUAAAGGAGGCGAGGGUUCGCUGGAUGGUGAUGCGGCGAGCAAGAGGCCGCGCACCACCAUCACUGCCAAGCAGCUGGAGACGCUGAAAAGCGCGUACAGCAGCAGUCCGAAGCCGGCGCGACACGUGCGCGAGCAGCUCGCUCAGGACACCGGCCUUGACAUGCGCGUAGUGCAAGUCUGGUUCCAGAACAGACGAGCUAAGGAAAAGCGAUUGAAAAAGGAUGCGGGACGGACGCGGUGGUCACAAUACUUCCGCUCCAUGAAGAGCUCGGGCGGCGGCUCACCGAGACAUGAUCGCCUGCUUGAUAAGGACGAGCUUAAAAUCGACCUAGAUUCCUUCAGCCAUCAUGACCUAAGCAACGACAGCUACAGCACGGUGGCGCUAGGCGGCGAAGAGGGCUCGCCGGCGGGCGGCGGCGCUGCCGGCACAGUCGCGCGCUUCGGAGCCGGCGCCACACCGCCCUAUCUUCGCGCGCAUUCGCCGCCCCACGCACACUACCACUACCCCCCAGACCAUCUCGUCUACACCAAUAUAGGUCAAGCGAUGAGCGGUGCUGGAAUUGGAGGCGCUGGAGGAACAUCGGACAUGAGCAGCUCGUCGUCUCCGGCGGCCGGCGGGUACCCAGACUUCCCCCCAUCGCCGGACUCGUGGCUAGGAGAGCCCCACCACUACUCGCCACGGGGCUUCCCCUAGCGGCGGCCACCGCCGGCGCACGCGCUUCCCGCGCACCCGCCGCCGCCCGCUCUCCCUUCACAGCCCCUCGAGCUAGUUGUCAAACGUGAACUCUAAUAAUCUAAAACAGUGAUAUAAUGGUGACAAGAUAAUAUGUUCAAAUCAAUUCUCGAGAACUAAAAGGGCAGACUUUUUGAUCGAAUAGUGAGUGAAAUUUGUUGCAUAAAAAACAAUAUGGUAAAAGUUGCUAAAGCAAAUGUUUAUUUGCUUU